AUGAUCGCAGCUAGGUCUAUACAAAGAGCUAUUGGAACGAAACCUUUAGCUGUAAGAGCUGUGGUAUUGACCACGAACUCUUUCAGGGGGUUCUCCAAAUCCUCAAUGUCAAGAAAAGCCGAUGAAGAGCCCCUUCCCGUACUGCGUGACCUUCCCCGGCCAGAAUAUGGUGAGCUCCAUGCUCCAGUUUAUAACCCUGCAGAGAAGUACAAAGAGCAGAUCGAAGAGUUGCACAAGUUUGGUCGUUACAUAAUGGGAUGCUUGCCCAAAUUUGUUCAACAGUUCAGUGUUUGGAAAGACGAACUGGUAAUUUAUGUCGCACCAAGCGCAUUGACUCAAGUGGCUACUUUCUUGAAGGACCACACUUCAGCGCAAUUCAAGGCAUGUAUGGAUGUCACAGCUGCAGAUUAUCCAACCCGAACAAAUCGUUUUGAUGUUGUUUACAACCUUCUUUCUGUUCGUCACAACUCUCGUAUUAGAAUCAAGACCUAUGCCUCAGAAGUCUCUCCUGUACCUUCUGUUGUUCCUCUAUUCCAAGGUGCCAACUGGUUUGAAAGAGAAACCUAUGACCUGUUUGGUAUCUUUUUUGAGGGACACCCUGAUUUGAGACGAAUUAUGACCGAUUAUGGAUUUCAAGGCCAUCCUUUGAGAAAGGAUUUCCCUACAACCGGUUACACCGAAGUUAGAUACGACGCAGAGAAAAGACGUGUGGUAUAUGAGCCAUUAGAGUUGACUCAAGCAUGGAGAAACUUCACAGUUGGUUCUUCUGUUUGGGAACAAGUUGGAGAUGGAAAAGACUUUACACCAGAAUCUUUCAAGCUGCCUACUCCAGCACCUGAUCCAGAACCAGAAGCUGACAAGAAGAAAUAG